AUGGCCUCCAUAGGUUACUUUCCUGCUGUUUCAGAUGAGUUAAAUUUGCUCAUCGAAGGAUCCGACACAACGGUUCCGUGUCAGCAAAAGAUGAGAGCCCAGUUGAGAGUGUCUGUAGUGAGAAGGACUGACUUGGAGCUUCUACCUUCAGCAGUGAUCAGCUAUGGUGAACUGAAUGUUCUGGAUGACAUUUUGACUGAUGCUCCUGACCAAGAUGAUGAGUUGUAUAACCCCGACAGUGAACAAGAUAAAAGUGAAAAAAAGGGAUCAAAAAGAAAAACUGACAGGAUGGAAAACACUGAAAGCAAGAGACAAAAACCUUCUGUGCAUUCAUCGAGGCAGAUGAUCCCAAAACCUCCUAGUUCAUCAGUUAGCAAUAACAAGAGAAUAGUGAGUACGAAAGGAAAACCACUAUCAGAAUACAGGAAUGAAGAGUAUCAGAGGUCUGAUAGAAACAAGCGGCCAGAUGGUGAUCGAAAGACACGCAUGUCGAGCAGUUCCAGGGAACCUUAUAAAGGACAACCAGAAAAAACUUGCUUGAGGAAGAGGGAUAUUGACAGAAGGGCGAAGUCUUCUACGCCAGAUGGUUCAGAGAGAAUCAGGCAUGACGUGGAUCGAAGACCAAGCAGAUCCAGCCAUUCUUCUAAAGAAGAGCUGAACUCUGAGGAAUAUUGUUCAGAUCAUGAGACUGGCAGUAGCGGUUCCUCUGAACAAGGCAAUACAGAGAAUGAGGAGGAAGGAAUGGAAGAAGAGGAAGAUGAUGAAGGGGAGGAGGAUGAAGAGGUGGAAGAAGAUGGAGAGGAGGAUGAAGAGGAGUAUGAACAGGAUGAGAGAGAUCAGAAGGAAGGAAAUGACUAUGACACGCGAAGCGAAGCCAGCGAUUCUGAUUCUGAAUCUGCCUCUUUCACAGAUGGGUCAGUCAGAUCUGGGUCUGGUUCAGAAGCAUCAGAUGAGAAAAAGAAGGAGAGGAAGAGAGCUAGAGGUAUCUCUCCAAUUGUUUUUGACAGAAGUGGAAGUUCUGCAUCAGAAUCAUAUGCAGGUUCAGAAAAGAAGCAUGAGAAAUUAUCAUCUUCCGUUCGUGCUGUCCAAAAAGAUCAAACGAGUAAACUUAAAUACAUUCUCCAGGAUGCAAGAUUCUUUCUCAUCAAGAGUAAUAACCAUGAAAACGUAUCACUUGCUAAAGCAAAGGGAGUGUGGUCGACGCUUCCAGUGAAUGAAAAGAAGCUUAAUGCUGCAUUUAGAUCAGCGAGGAGCGUUAUUUUAAUAUUUUCUGUAAGAGAGAGUGGCAAAUUCCAAGGAUUUGCAAGACUGUCUUCAGAGUCUCAUCAUGGAGGAUCACCUAUACACUGGGUGCUGCCUGCAGGAAUGAAUGCAAAAAUGUUGGGAGGUGUCUUUAAAAUUGACUGGAUUUGCAGGUAAAUAAUUGUAAAAAAAUAUAUAUAUAUAUGUUGCUGUUUAGUAAUAAGGCGUUAUAAUACCAUUUCUGUUUAU